UCACUUUCUUCGGUCACUUGCACUCUGUCAUUCAAUGAAAUAUAGGCCUUUGACCGUGUUUAUAGGUGGUUCGAACUUCAAAACCCCCAAAUGUCUCUGUUGAUUUGAUCAAGGCUCGGUUAGCCGCCUGACACGGGUAUUUUGGAGGGGUAUGGAAUAAGCACCAUACGGUGAUCGGUGAUAGGCCCGGCCGCUCGGGCAUGUCUCGGCCUCGCCACCCCGAUACCCCAUGCUGUUCGCGCGCUGGGUGAGACGGGUUGUUUUUCUUCGCUUUUCCGCCUUGUCCGUUCGUUCGCUUCUGGCUCAGUAUGACUGUACUAUAUUUUGACCAGUCACACACUGGUGCUACUACUACACGCAGUAUACACACUCCCCUCGACCCAGCGUUAGUAGGUCCACGGUUAGAUGGUACGGGGGAAAUCUAUUGACUUGCUCCAGCUUACACGCAUCUCUCUCAUCUUCAUCUUCGAAUUAGUGUCUUGUGAUUUAAUCGUCCACCUGUUCGAGAAAGUUUGGAGAGAGUGCUCUUGACGUACCCAUAUCCUCUACUCCGAGAGUGACCGCGGGUGGACAGAUUGAGAAAAAGGGUGUCUCAUCCUUAUCGCAUCCUCUUCAGUCGACACGCUUUCUUAGAAGUAUCGCAGCGUAUCACACUCGACUCACCCGGUGCAACAAGGAGAGUCCACAGCCGUCAGAUCUGCCAUCCUUUGAGGACACGUUCAGCGCGUCUGCAAGUCUGACGUCAUUCUUGCGUCACCGUUCGGGUCUAGGUGUUAGCGAGAACUCGUCUGGCGAAUCGCGUGAACCUGCGCGUCCGGUUGCGGAGUCUGGAGAAGGGGAGUGGGAAAAGAUGACAAACGAGAGUUUGAAGUUGUUGCAACGGGAAGCAGCUUCUGACGGUAUCCACAAGGACCAUACAAUUAACGCUAUGCACGGGACCACAACGAACCACCCUGGACCAAUGCACCUGCACAACGCGGUGCGCGCCGCAGCGGCCCACGGCGUCGGCGUUGGUGUGAUGGAGGAAGCGCAUCGACGUCUAACCGCGAUGCAGUCGCCGAUUGCGUCAAGCCCGGGAACCGUCAAAGCAGAAAUCAGCGACCACGGCUCGCCCGAGGGAGCGCUGAACGGAUCGCUGGGUGACGACGCUAAUGCCAAGAGGAAAAAGAGGAGGAACAGGACGACGUUUACUAGUUUCCAACUCGAGGAGAUGGAGAAAGUCUUUCAAAAGACACAUUACCCGGACGUUUACUGCCGGGAGCAGCUGGCCCUAAGAUGUGAUCUGACCGAAGCUCGUGUACAGGUAUGGUUUCAGAACCGUCGGGCAAAAUGGAGAAAGCGGGAGCGAUUCAGCCAGUUCAACACGAUGAGGGCUAUGGCCACCGGGACCCCAUAUGAGAUGCCAAUAGCCCCAAGACCAGAUGCUUACGGCACAAUGAAUAUGACCGGUUCAUCAGCCUGGAACACAAGUCAGCUAGGUAACUUCGGAGCUGGGUUACAAUCCCUCAACCCCACCACCAGCCCGAUGCAGAACUGGGCCGGCCAAGCCGCGGCGACACAGCUCACCUCGUCCUGCAUGGCUCCCACGUCCAACAUGCCAAGUUACAUGGGGAUGCAUUCGAUGACAUCAGACUUCGGCUUCAAGGCAAUGUCCAACCAACCGCACCACGCGGCUGCAACCGCACACGGGCAGUCACAGUCGGCCGCCGCGGCAGCAGCGGCAGCGGCGGGACUCUACUCCGGUCAGACUUCGCCCAGUAUACCGACGUCGUUACCGGGGCACUCCCCUAUGAUGAGCACCGGCGGUGUGGAACCCAUCGAGACAGAUCGACGCAGUCAUAGCAUCGCCGCGCUGCGGUUGAAGGCCAAGGAGCACAACUUUGCCAUGGGAAUGAUAGGCGCUUACUCUUAAACCAAAGACGAUCAACUACAAAUUGAGCGUCAUAGUAACGUCAUGCACAUAACCGCAAAUUUGUUCGACGUCAAUAAAGCUACCGCGGUUAUAUUUGAACAGUGACUGCAGUGACCGCGAUUAUAUAUGAAUUGUGACCAAAGAGUCAUGAAGAGAACAGACUGCCUGAAGUUAUCAACGUCUAUUUCGCAGUCGUGAGUAGUUAUGAAUCUCUUCAAUGUGUCUUCAGAAGAAACAGUUUGUCAACGUCAUCUUAAAAUAAUAGUAAUGGUCGAAUGUGGAUUCGGAAAGCCAGAGAUUUUCUAUGAUCGACGCGAUACUGUGAACAUCUAAAUGAAUGUGUUAUGUAGGCCUAAGAAUAAUCAAGAACGGUGACAAAAAAUCACUAAUUCACUGGAGAUUCAGCGUCAUUAAUCUUGUGGACUCUAAUGAAUACGAAGUAAGAAACGAAAAACUAUUAUCCGGGUCAGAAAUCAACCUCAGAUAGCAACAUAAUUCAAUGUCGUGUUAAUCAUCUUUUAAUUUGAUUCAAAUAUAGAACGAACUUCCCCUGACAUAAUUUGGAAAUAAAUACGUUCUCAUAAUAAUUCACGUCGAAAAACGUUAUCCAACGUCAGUUCAACGUCGUUCAACGUCUUACCACGUCACUUAAAAACGCAAAAAUAGAUGUUAUUAUAUCUUAAAGUAAAAAUCAAAAAAAUUGACAAAGGGUUAAGAAAUUGUAAUUAUUGUAACAGCAUUUUAUGGAAAUUUAGUAGUUUCUGCAAACUUUCAGAUUCUAAAUCGGCAUUUCACUUGAAUUCAAAUUUGCAAACAAUUCAUGAAGAUCCGUAGAAGUUCCGCAGUGAAUAGAGUAUUGGAUUGGCAUUGAAUGGAUAUUGAAUUGACAUUGAAUAAACUUUGAAUAGACAGUGAAUGGAAAAAAGUGAAUGGACGAGUACAAAUAAUGCCAAAAUGAAUGGAA